AUGACAACUGAGUCCUUUCUUUCACUCGCUACCUUGUUUUUUGGUAUCAAGCGCCAGGAUAGAGCCAUUACCCAGUUUGGGUUCAAGAGGUACAGUGGUGCACUCAACACCGUGCACUCAGCUUUGGAAGAAUCGAUGUCUUCACCUUCAUUUGAUCUGCUUGAGGCGGUCAUGGUCAUGUCACUCAUUGAGUUUCUUGUCUCAGACAGCGAAGGUGGUUGGAUAAAACAUGCUCGCGGACUUGAGAGACUCCUCGAACUUCGAGGGGCUGAAGCUAUGGCAUCACUCCCAUGUCUUAUGGUCCUGGAAAGGACGCGCCCGUCACUGAUAUUCGCCGCUCUUGUCCUGCGCAAGCCGACGAUAAUGUCAAACGCUGAGUGGAAACACGAUCCUUGGUGCUUGCAUCCAGAGCGCGUUGACUGGCUUAAGCUUCUGUUCGAUAUUCUCGCAGACUGCCCUCGACUUUUCGUUGUGCGCGAUCAGCUACCGUCGUACGUCAAUGAAGAAACAAGGAAUGCUGUGGCACAAAAUCUCUCUCUCGAUUGCGAUCGAAUUGUCGCCGGCUUGGAUGACUGGGCAGAGCGUUUUACAUCUGAUCCGUCUCACACCCCAGACGAGAUUGCCGCGCCACGAACAACACCACUAAUCGAAGAUGAGUGCGGCGUGUUACAUCCUGCCUGGUCUACCGUCUUCCACUACCAAUCCUUCUAUCAUGCGAACGCUAUGACGAUAUACAACGGCGCUAUCAUAUUGGCUCUUCGAUUUUCCGAUAGCAUCGACGUUGGUUCGAGGUCAUCGUACGAAAACCAAAUGCGACAAGAGCGUAUAUCAGUAGCGGCGCUUUCCAUAUGCCGCAGCGUUAACUACCAUCAGCAAGAUAUGUGGGGUGAGCAGGGUGUUUUUGCCUUACUUUUCCCCCUACGCAUGGCGUAUGACGGGCUCGGCGAGAAAGAAACUGUGGUGAGGGCAUGGUUACAGUCAGUCAUGCAAGACAUAUCGGUUGGUAAAUGGGGGCUAUGGAGAUCGGCCAAAAAUCUUCUUGAAAUCGGUAAAUGA